AUGCUCCUCACGGUCAAACUGCUCCUGGGCCGGAAAUGCAGCCUGAAGGUGUCUGGGAAAGAAAGCGUGGCCACGCUGAAGAAGCUGGUGUCAGAGCGGCUGCAGAUACUAGAAGAGCAGCAGCACCUGCUUUUCCGUGGCCAGCUCAUGGACGAUGACAAAUGCCUCUCUGACUACUGCAUCGGGCCCAGUGCCUCCAUCAGUGUGAUUGUUCGACCCUCAGAGAAGGCAGCACUGAAGAAGACGCAGCCCAGCCCCUGGCCUCAGCCCCUGUGGCACCAGCUGGACCAGAUUCUGACCAAGCACUUCAGGCCACAGGACGCUGAGGCAGUGCUGCGGAUCCUGAGGCACGAGCACCAGCAGCGUCUGCAGAGGGUGAGCCUGGAAGCCCUGGAUCAGCUGGCCUGCUACCUCCUAAGGGAGGAUUUAGCAGUGGAACCAGAUGGUGAGACCCUGGUCCCAGAGGAGCGCACUCAACACAACAAAGAAGGAGAAAAAGGCUAA